AUGCCUUCUGAAGAAAAUCUAUACGUAUGGUAUGGAGUUUUAUUCGUGCACCAAGGUCUGUAUCAAUCGGGUGUUUUCAAAUUUAGAGUCGCUAUUCCUCAGGACUAUCCAGAAUACCCUCCCUCUGUUACAUUUAUGAGUGAUAUGUUUCAUCCUCUCAUUGAUGGUGGUGGCAAUCUAUCUUUAUCACAGCAAUUUCUGACCUGGCGGCCUCACGAGGAUUACAUUAUUUAUGUGUUGCAUUAUGUCAAGAAUAUCUUUAAAAAAGCAAUUUUGGAUAGACUAAUAGAAAAACAUUGUCUGAAUAAAGAAGCUUAUAGAAUGUAUAAGCAUGAAAUAAAUACGUUUAUCAAACUAUCAAAGCAAUGUGCUGAACUAUCUUAUUCGGAAUCGUAUUUGUAUGAUCAUUUUCCAGAUGAUAAUCUGAUACGCUUUUCUCCAAUUACAGAUGCUACACUUGGUAAAGAAAAGCUCGCUAAUCAGCGCUGUUGCCACCAAAAUUGCACUGCAUAA